ACAAUAUACACAGCUUUUGUUAGCUUUUCGACUACAUUGCUUCAACAGUCGCGUAAACGAACGGGUCGCGUUAACAACACACACCUGUUGCAUUUUACAGAUAUUUUGUUACAUUCGUUUCUUGGUCUCAAGCACUAUAUACAAAGCUAUUACAGAAAUUCAAUUGAUGGAUUGAGCGGCAUCAAUAAUAAUACGAUAACUUAAAGAUACAAAAUUUUUCGGUUUGGUUUAAAUCGGACGAUAUUUUACAAUUUAUAUGAAACCAUCUAUAUACGCGAGUGUUUAUCAUUGUUAUAGAGAAACUGUUUGCUUGUUUAUAUUUUGAAGGCGAGAUUCGCAUAACAUAUAAAUUGAAGACUUCUUAGAAAAACUAUUGCGUGUACAAUUUCGGAUUGUGUGUGUUCAUUUGGCAUAUUAAUAAAUUGUUAUAAUUCGAAUUGAGUGAUAUUUUAUACACUCACCGGAUCGGUCAGUGUUGAUGUCGUAAUGCAUUAAAUUGUGUGACGCGAUUUUAUAAGAAAUUCGGUGAUUAAUUAUUGAGUUCCCAAUCGUAAGUGUAAUAACGGACAAUUAGUAGAAUUUGUGUCCGAAUAAGCAGAAGUAACAUCCAGCGAUGAGUUGCUGAAACGAAUCACAAAUGAAUGGAUUUCGGUUUGGGAAAACCAGUGUGAUAAAUAUUCAGUAAUAAACUUGAAUUUCUUGUCAAUAUUACCGGAAUUUUCGUGCCGAUCAAAAUUCAAUUUUAUUUACGUUGACAAUUUGGUUUCAACUACCUAGAGGUAAUAAACAAUCGAAGAAAAAGAAAACAAUUUUUUUUAAGUGCACUGGUAAAUAAACAACAUCAAAAUAGCGCCGAAAAAUUCCUCUCGAAUGCAUUUGCCCACGGGAGCAACGGCAGUAUAUCCGAGUGGGACAUCAGCGAAUUGUGGCGGCACUGAUUGGAGUUUGUCCAUUUGCAAGGGGGGAAUGUUAGAGCCCCCCAAUAGUAAUUCCAGUAGUUCACCGCCAGGAUCACAAGAUCUUUGGUGGACCGAACGACUGAUCUUAGAGGCACAGCAGGAGUUUCCCGGAGAAUUGAUACGAACAGGCAGUCCAUAUUUUUUGUGUUCAGCACUACCGAACCAUUGGCGAUCUAACAAAACGCUUCCAGUAGCAUUUAAGGUUGUAUCAUUAGCCGAAGUUGGUGAUGGGACAAUGGUAACAAUAAAAGCGGGAAACGAUGAAAAUUGGAGUGCUGAACUACGAAACUGUUCAGCUGUGAUGAAAAAUCAUGUAGCAAAAUUCAAUGAUUUACGAUUUGUUGGUCGCAGUGGAAGAGGUAAAAGCUUUACAAUCACAAUAACGAUUUCAACCAGUCCGCCGCAGGUCGCAACAUAUGGCAAAGCGAUAAAAGUUACGGUAGAUGGUCCUCGGGAACCACGGUGCAAAUCUAGUCCGAAUAAUGGUUCUCAAUUUCGUGCACUCGGACUGGGUCAACGGCCGUUCUUAGACGCACCGUUCACCACUCAUCUCAGAGACCUGGAAUCGUUUCGGCGGAAGGCUCCACAUACACCGAUUUCGAAUUUUGCCAGCCAUUCCUCAUCGAAUGGCAUAAAUUCCGAUUGUCAAGGCUACAAACCAAAUGCACCUCAAGUACACGAAAACAAUUUAAUGGGCGCAGCAGAAUGGACUGGCUAUUCAGGUACGACUCCGUCAUAUUCACCAUUUUCAUCUCUGCAAUCAACACCAUCGUCAUAUAACUACGAUAACACUGGCAUCGCAGAACAUCAUUCCAAUUUUCACAUUCCAACGGUCAUUUCAGACAUUCAACCACUUUGUUCGACUGAUUACCAUCAUACCGGACUGAAUGCUUCCCACUCAACAGCCCUACUACCAACGCAUCAAGCAUCGAGCAAUAGUUCAAAUUUACAAGGAAAAUCCAGUGAUCUGGUUGACACGUCUUAUUCAACGUACAAUAAUUGGUCGAACGGUUAUAACAAUUAUCAGUAUGGAUCUUGUACACCACAACCACAAUACGCACCACAUGCUGGUCCAACGACUAUGGUUCUCUAUCCGCAUGUUUAUUCAACAGUUAAUCACCAGAAUCAAAUUCAUUUGCAUUUACAUGGAACCGAUAAAUUGGAACAGUAUUUAGGUAGCGAAAAUUCAUUGACAAUUAGUUCAGCUAGAGGCGGUAUUGAAAUUGGUAUCGGAACGGCAGACGAAUCCGAAAUUAUUUUAGAAAAUGAUGGAAAUCGCGCACAUAAUGAUCAUAUGGAUGAAGAGGUCAGUCGAGUGGAUUCGGUCGGUGGUGAUCCCGGUAGUGUUUGGAGACCCUAUUAAUGUUUUUAGAAGAAAAGAAAAAACAUCAAAAUCAGCUACGCGCCCCGUAUCUUAUUUACCUUACGUAGAAUUUCUCUGAAUAUUCCAUCCGACGGCAUUGGAGGCAAUCAGUUCUGUAGUGUGUAUAGUUAACCUCGAAGUUAACCUCGUAUUGCUCUGUAUUGUAUAAACGAUUGUAAGGGGAGAUGAGCCGAUAGAGAACAGUUGUGACAUAUAUACAUUGGUCGACUGGAUGACAUGAAUAUUAUUUGAAUUGUUGUGAUAUUAAGUAAAAUGCGUUAAUCGUUAUGUGAUUUCUAAUAGAAGGAUGUUGGACUUCGAUUGUACUUAAUGUCACAACCAUACUAACUGCAGUCAAGGUUUUGCUAACUGUAGGUUGAAAUGUUUCACUAUAAUCACAGAAAGUUUUGUUUUCAGGA